CUGUUAUUCUAUUGAUUUUCUAAGUUUGUAAGAGCAGUAUUUAAAAAGUAUCCCUAUUUUUAGCCCCUCGUCCCCUUAUUUAUGCUUUUGUCCAGAUUUUUUGUUCUGAGAGGUUGACAGGUAUGUGGUCUUUAGGGGUAUUUGGUGGGUGAGCAGUCUGUAAUUCGACAGAAUGCAGAAGGCUUAUCAGGUUUACCUUAUAAUAUCGUUCACGUUUAAAACUGACAGUAGGAUUUAGUAAGGCUGUGGGGCUCGCUUUAGAUUGGUAGAAAGAGAAUUGUGUCUCUUUGAGUAAGGUGGCUCAAGUGUGUGAUUUAUUAGCUCUGCACCGUCGCGUAACAUGGCACAUGGGUGCUUACUGCUGUACUGAAGUGGUCUGCAAGCUUACGGUGUGUGUAAUUUAGUGCUACGUUUUCUGUUGUAAUUGUCAGGAGUUAAACGUGUGUCAUUGUUUUAAAGUCCGUUGGUGCCUUCUUUGAGGUGACUCAUGGUCGAUUAGCCAUCCCACCCCAGCAGUCAGACCACUUAGACUUAAAAGUACUGGAAAACUUGGACGCGAUAUAAUUACUCUUAACACCCAAACCAGGAAAAGAUAGGUGCUAAUUGUGUGCUGUUGCACCCGAUUCUUGAGCAAAGAGGUUGAGAGGGAAAUAAGUUAAGAAUCGUUGUUGCUUUACAAAAAAUAAGUACGGGAGUUCACUUCCCCUGGCAUUCAUGCAUGCCUGAGUUCAUUUCUGGGUUAGCGCCAGAGAAGGAAUUAACAGAAACAAAUAACGAGCUUACAGUUAAAGCUGAACCUGUCUACUGUAUAAAAAGGAUUCCUUAAAUGUGCAUUUUUCUGGUAUCAGUGCUGUUAAAGCGGACGUAGCAUGCAUUAUGCUAUGCUAACAUGAAAGCUCACCCUGCCUAAUGAUGACACCCAUCACUUGUCUAGCUGCUGCGCUUCUGGUCCUUCAGUGGGAAUGACAGUGGGGGGCAACAGUACAAGGUUAGUGCUAGAGACAGGAGGAAUUCAUAUGAGUGCAAACGUGAAAAGUUACUCCCUGGAUUGUCGCCGAUCGCCUGACCUCUGCAGACUCUGAGCAUGAUGGACAACGUGGGCACCUGCGAGACUUACCACAACACCAAAGAGGAGCUGGUGGAGACUUUCGCCUGUCCCAGAGAAGGGGACAGCGCUGACCUGCUCUACUGCUGCGGCUUCGCUGACUACAAGUACUGCUGCAAAGACCCAGGCAACUAUUUCCCAUACGAUCACAGCUACAUGUGGAGCCUGAGUAUAGGUGCAUUGGUUGGCCUAGGAAUUGCAGCCUUGGUUUUGCUGGCAUUUGUCAUCAGCGUGUGUGUGCUUUGUUAUUUAUUCCUAUACUCAAAACCUCAACGACUAGACUCAGGCCUUAAGCUACAGAAUCUGAAGACAUCAUCUGAACAAGGAGGGAGUCUGAAUAACAAAUCCAUUCUGCACUACAAGGAAACAAACUCACCAUCAAAGCAGCUAUCCUCUGAAACUGGUGGAAUGGUACAGGAAUAAAAUCAGGUGUCUAUGACGCAGAGCAACAUUACCUAAUAGGUGAUUCACACCAACCAGCCAUGCAGCAGAUGUCAGACUAUAUUUGAUAAAAAAAUAAAGAACCACAACUAACAAUGAGACCUUGAGGUAGCAAAUGCACUUAGCAGUAGAGAAAGCUAACCAAAGCACUCUACCUUAAUGUUCCUGCAAUCAGAUGCAUCAUCCCUGUUUUUCUUUUUCGAACAAGAAGCUUACCAAAGUUCUUGCCUCAACAAUUGCUGAGUGUUUUUGACUGACUAUUUUCUCUUAGCCUUUGUGCUACUUUAAGUGAGAAGUAUUUGGGAGUACAUAUUCAAGACUAUGAUGCUUUGAAUAAGGGAGAAAAAACUUGUGAUACAACAGUGUAUAUGCAUCCUGUACAGCCCAUCUAAUGUCAAUGUAAUUCAUUACAGUUGUCUUUGUGGUCUUUGACUUCAAAAGUGGAUGUUUAAAGAUUUCUGUCAAAGUUAUCAAGUAUUCUUUAUUCAUAAUGCAAGAUCCAAAUGUUUUCUAAUAAAUAUUGUGAAUCUGAUUUAAAACAUA